AUGGCAAGUCUACUCUCAAGCGCAGCGCAGGUAGCAACUCGCCACCGAGCGUCAUCCUCAGCCUCUUCUUUAGCACAACCACCUGCCCCUCAACAUACCAACCACCCAACCCAUUCACCUUCGAUUCCUGCAGCCGCGCAUAAUUCCACUCGAGUUCGCUCAGCAUCGCAAUCAAAUCCUCAAACAGCCCCAUUCUCGACCAGCGCACCAUCGUUUCAUUCAGGCAAUCGAAAUUCCCGGCAUUUAUCUUUGGACACCAACAGCAGUGACACUGGCAACGAUGCUACUACUCCAUCAACAACACACAUACCACCAGUGACAGCACUCAAUAUUGAAUUUGAAGGCGGCACACAUGUCAUUGUUCGACCUAACCGAGUUGUUCGAGGUAUGGAAUUUCGAGCUGAGGAAUCCGCCAUGGUUAAAGUCGAAGAAGGUGGUGGCGAUGGUCGAGGGGAGUGGGUACAUCAAGCAAUCACCACAUUCUUUGAGACGGAUUGGAAACUUUGGGGCAAUGACUCGAGCAACUAUUCACAAUCUGCCUGGGAAGAGUUGGAAGCGGGUCAUUAUGAAUUUCCAUUCGCCUUAAAGUUUCCAAAUGUCAAUUACCCACCAUCGAUGGAGGAACCUUCAGGGUUUGCAAUUCGGUACAUAUGGACGGCACAGGCUGAUGGGCCUGCGCUUCAAUCGGGAACUAAGAGUCGUGAAUACAUCACACCUUAUCGACCGAUAGUAAUUUCCACUCCAGGCAAGGAAUGGGUGUACAAGACCACCCUUAUAAAAGACAAGAAGCAUGCGGUUGCAGAAGCACAGGCAAAACUCUACAAACAAUCCUAUUGUCCAGAUGAGCCGUUUGAAAUGCAGCUCAACUUGACCACACUCCACGCGGAUGCCAAGAUCCUUGCCAUUACCUACAAGUUCCGUAAGCAUCAUGAAGGCAAGAUGCUCGUCCAACAAGGGACUGCUUUCCGGGAACACAUCCGGACGGUUCUCCAUGGCAGUGUGCCGAUCACGACGUCUCCUGUUUCAGAGACAGUGUGCUUUGACGUCCCAACACGAUUGGUCUCGCCGUCCUUCACCACACGCCAUACACGAGUUCACUACGGGCUCCAGUUUCUCAUUACGGUCGAACAAGGACAUCUGUUCAAGAAUAACCACGUAUUAGAGUUCAACAUUCCACUCAUCAUUGCCAACCUGUCGAACGACCACUUGCUCCGUAUUCCUGAUCUGACAUCGAUGCAAAACUACCGCGACUCGAAAGACUGUCCAAUGUUUUUCAACGCAGAUCUGGAUGAACCGCCAGAGCCACAAGGAUUACCGAGCGAGUUAAUAGGACCCUUGACGGCCGCAUUGACACAAACGCCUCCGCAAAAUGAGGAGCCACCCAAUUACUUUAGUUUGCCCAACUUGCCGCCACAGCUAGAGUUACGGAAAGAGCGCAAGGAACGGACAGUGUAUUUGACACGACCGGCAAGGGGAGCAUAUCAUGCUUCUGAGCUGGUCGAGGCAGUCAUCAUACCUGGCUUGUUUGAUGAAGACUGGUAG